UGGCCAGUACCCGUUGUGUGGCACAGGCAGGCAGCAUCAGGACCAGACAUUUGGUGAGGAUCAACACGGACUGCGGGCGCAAACUGCUCGCUUAUGGUUCGUCUGGACAUACCGGGGGGGGACACAGGAUUACAUUUUAAUUUCCGCGGCGUUGUGCGUUGUCUCUACAUCACUUUGCCGUGAUCCCCCCCCACCCCCCCCUCCUCCUCCUACGCUGUGGAUGGUUGACUGCAGAUUUGAUGGUGCUGAGCAGGCUCGUCUGAUUGAAGGCUUGCGGCCAGGGGGGGCAUCUGCGGGGCCGUAGAGACAGAACCCUGUGUCCACGGGGUUGUGUUCGUCCUCUGCACUGUGGUUGUGAAUGGACUGCGCUCCCUCCGUGAUUUUCUGCAGUCGCUCUGAGUCAUUUGUGGAAGAAGAUGGCGGACAGGGCUGAGAUGUUUUCCCUAUCCACUUUCCAUUCCCUCUCUCCUCCUGGAUGCAGGCCAGCCCACGACAUCAGCCUAGAGGAGUUUGAUGAUGAAGAUCUCUCUGAAAUCACAGAUGACUGCGGAAUUGGACUCAACUACGACUCGGAUCCAUAUGAGAAGGACUCCCUCAUCUUGGAGAAAAAUGACAUGCACCACCCAGUCUGCUCCUUCCAAGAUGACUUUCAGGAGUUUGAGAUGAUUGACGAUGAAGAUGAGGAUGAUGAAGAAGAGGAAGAAGACGAAGAGGCUGACCUUGAUGCACCCCCGUCACCGUCAGCUUCCCCUCCCCCCUCCCCUACGCUUGGCACUCUAAAGAGCAGACCCACCACACUGAACCUCACUACCGCUGUGUCACAGGAUUCACUAAACAAUAACAGCAGCCUCUCCCCAAAGAAAGGAAGCUGGCAGGACUCUUUACGCAACCCAGCAUCACAGGGCCGUCUGUCUCCAACCCACUCUUGUCUGGAGGAUGGUAGCCACGUGACAGGCCAAUGCCCAGCCUCUCCAGUCUCCCAGGCACCAGGGUCCCAGAGCAAAGGUACUCCACCAAAACAGGGAGGGGAGGGCGGGAACCCCCAGUCCCCUCACAGGCCCCUCCUCUGCGACAUGGAGGGCAACAGGCGGGAGAGGCCCGAAUACGGCUCAUUUGGUCAACAUAAGACACAUUCAUGCUCUGUCAAUGAGGAACUCAAGGCUGAUCCCUCCAUCCAUACAACCAGAGUACCUUCAGUGGACGAGCACUCCCAAUGUUCAGACACAGAGGUGGACCAUGACCUUAACAAUGACCACAACCACAAACAUUCAAACCGGCGUGCCACUGACACCUACACAAUCACCAGCGAGUCCGGAAUGGAGCCAGAGAAUGAUCUAGACCCAGACGGAACUAGUCGCUGCUUGUCAUCCACCGCACCCAUGGGAGCAAACGAUGGCGCAGAUACACCCUUGUCUGACGAGGAGCUGGAGAAGGACUUUGAAGUUGAGUACAUGUGUAAGGAGACAUAUGAUAUGGUGUGUAAGGAGAAUCAGUCCUCAUAUGUGGAAUUCCCCUCCAUUGAACCCUCCGAACCAGCCUCUUUCUCGAGCUACAUAUCCUCCAGCCGCUCAGAUGCCCUCGACCAAUCCAAUAUUUCAGAUCCUCUGGCAGCUUCAGCCAUGGAAGCUGCAGCUAACGACUCCACCUCCCCAUCAUCGGACCCAGGGAUAGCAGACAUGAACCAGCGGGGUUAUGUGACUUCAGACCAGGAUAAGGACCUCAGCUCCCCGGGCUCUGACUCUGACAUUGAAGGAGAGAUAGAGGCAGCGUUCGCUUGUGGAGGUCCAGUGGUCUCCAACAUGAUCUCUUCCAUCUCAGAGACAGAGCUUGAUCUGACCAGUGAUGACAGCAGCAGCGGACGCUCAUCUCAUCUCACCAACUCUAUUGAAGAGGCCAGCUCACCCACAUCAGACCAGGAACUGGAUCCAGAUACAGAGUUAGAGCAGGAUAGUGGCAUCGUGGGACUGAAAGCAUCUCUCCUCCUAGGCCAACCUGACCCAAUCAAAGAGGGGUCUCCUCUUCCCUCUCCUUCUCCUUUACCCUCACCCACUCUUGCAACCCCAUCCCCUGUUGACUCACCCAUCUUACCCCCUGAGUCAUACGAUGAUGGUCAAGCUCUGAUUGGACUUCAGAGUGUGGAUGAUGAGUUGUCCUGUGAGCACCAGGCCGAUCCAGAUGAAACUCUACCUCCAGCUCAACGCUGUGAGGACAGCCUGUCCAGACAGAUGGUACUGCAGAUUGAACCAGACCACAGCCUCGAGAGCUUUAAGCGCUCAUUCUACCUUCCAGUGGGACCCAGAAUCAUGCCAAGCGCAGAUGAUUACGAUGGAACCAGUGAAGGUGACUCAGAAUCAGAAAGUGAAGAUGAACUCAGUGAGAACUCAGACUCACCAUGGUUGCUUAGCAACCUAGUCAACAGGAUGAUCUCAGAGGGCUCUUACCCAAUCAGCUGUCCUGAAGAGUGUUUCAAGAGGAAGCCAUCAGUGUCGGAUACUAUCUCACCAUCGUCAGACAUCGGAGAGACUGACAGUUUCAAUGAUGAGGACCAAGACAAGAAAUCAGGGAUGGAUGGACAGGAGGAAGAAGAUAAGGAAGAUGAAGGGUUCAGAAAGGAAAGGAUUGAGCCAGGAGAGGGGAGGAAGAGCAUGGAAUGUUCUGAGGAAGCAGCAGCAACAAAUCCCAUUCUCUAUAUGAGUAAUCUUACUGGAGACACCAUAACCCCUCUGAUUUUGGAGCGAUGUGUAAACAAAGCAAAGGGGACUUACUCAGAGAAGAACUUUACAGGUUUGCUAUCGAAAAAUGCCAGGAGACAGGAGGAGGACGAAGAGCCCAAUAAUGACCUGAUGAUGCUUCAGGAGAGACGGGAUCUGGACUCUCCUAGCCUCAGUGAAAGUGUAAUCAGUGACAAGGACGAAGGUCGGGAGACUGAGCCCAGGCCAACGAGCCGUUCUUCAGCUUCUCUAGAGCGCAUCACAGAGGUCAAAAACAGCCUGACACUGGACAUCCCUACCGCUCAGACCAACCGCUGCUUCAGCCUCACCUACUCAACAGACAAUGACGAAGAGGAGGAGGAUGACGGGGACUCAUACCCAUUCCUUGGUAAUUUGAGGCAGCAGUCCUCAUUCAGGGGUAGUGACUUAGAGCUGGACAGUUCACCACCCAUUGACUCCAGUGUGCCAGAUCAUCCGUCUUCCGACCAUGACCUCCCACUGUGUGAGAAAGAUCUGGCUCUGAGACAACCAAAUGAGGAUGACGGGCUGGCCUAUGACUCCAUGAAGUACACACUAGUAGUGGAUGAGAAUACUACACUGGAACUAGUCAGCCUCAGAAGGUGCACCUCUGUUCUCAGCGAUGAUAGUGAACUUUCCACAAUUUGUGAUGAAGAACCUUUAGGGACAAGAGAGGAGGUUUAUGGUAGAGACGAUGAAGAAGUCAGGCCAGAACUUCUCAGUUCGUCUGAGGACUCGUCUCCUGAGGCAGAUCUUCCAUUCUCUAAGAAGUUCCUUAACGUCUUUGUCAACAGCACCUCCCGUUCCUCCAGCACAGAAUCCUUUGGACUAUUUUCUUGUACCAUCAAUGGAGAAGAGAGAGAUCAGACCCACAGAGCUGUCUACAGGUUCAUCCCCAGACAUGCUGAUGAGCUGGAGCUGGAUGUUGAUGAUCCUUUAUAUGUGGAGGAAGAAGAGGAUGACUACUGGUACAGAGGAUACAACAUGCGGACUGGGGAGAGAGGCAUCUUCCCUGCCUUCUAUGCCCAUGAGGUCAUAGGCCAGUCCAAAGAGCUGCUUGGAAUGAAGAGGAACCCGGCAUGGAUGGAAACUUUCAGCGUUCAGUUUUUGGGUUCAGUUGAGGUACCUUACCACCAAGGAAAUGGCAUUCUCUGUGCGGCAAUGCAGAAGAUUGCGAUAUCGAGGAAACGGACGGUACAUGUGAGACCUCCUUCCCUAUGUGAGUUGGAGAUUAGUUUACAAGGAGUUAAACUGAUCAUGAGCCUGGAGGAUGAAUACGACACCCUCGAUGAGUUUGACAGAUGUAGUCACUUCUUCCAGAUGAAGAACAUCUCUUUUUGUGGAUGCCAUCCAAGGAACAACUGUUAUUUUGGCUUCAUCACUAAGCACCCGAUGCUGAACAGAUUUGCUUGCCACGUGUUUGUAUCCCAGGAGUCCAUGCGACCUGUAGCAGAGUGUGUUGGACGAGCUUUCCAGGAGUACUACCAGGAACAUCUGGAGUACGCCUGCCCCACUGAGGACAUCUACCUGGAGUAAGAAGUGAUGCUGUGACACCAUCUUCUUUCUCUACAGCUUGUGUAUGUUCAUCCAGUUUGCCACCAGAGGGCGCUGUCAGUGGGGUUUCUCUCCAUUGUAAGAUACUCCUCUGUGUUCCUCAAACACUGGGAUCUUCAUUUCUACAAAUAUGCUAGGCAUUUGACUGACUUUCAUUCAUCUAUCUCUCUUUGUUUAUUUCCAUCAUCUCGAUGGAUUGAUUGCCUGUUUCUUUUAUCUUUUUCUAUGAUAUAAAACUAAGAUGCUGAGCAGCUGUUUAUUUAAAGGUUCCAAUUUUGAAAUGAAAAACAAUAUACCUACUACUGCUGUUUCACUUUUCAAUGCAUGGCUAGUAGGGUUACUGCACACAGACACACAAAGGAAUACACAUAUCUAAGUGAAUGGCAAGCAGCUCUACAAUCAGUAAAGGAAUGAUGUAGAAUUUAAAGGUUGGCGUUUAUUUAACUGUAAAUAUGUACUUGAUCAAUAUUGACAAACUGCUCAUUUGAUUUUUACUGAUAGUGGCAUUGGAGCAAAGUAGAGAGAAAACAGUGAACUGUCCUUGGUCCAAGCUUACCCCUGUGUUGCGUACCAGAUGUAGUGUGUGUGUUGUAAAUACAUGUAUAGAGAGUAGACAUACAGGCGCCUCAUCCAAACUAAUUAAUAAACACAGGCGAGACUGAAGGAGGGGAUUACAUUCUCAGUUUUGCUGUGGGGACGAAUGAUUCUAACACGACGGACUGAAGGUAUAUGUGAACUUGGAAAAGUUGUAAUAAUUUUCAAUGAAGUUUAAAUAUUAUCCGGCCCAUGUAUGUUUUAUUUAGCUUGUAUAAUGAGCAGUAACUGACAGUACAUUGAAAUAAUAGGACAAAACCACUUGAUUUUGUCCACCCCUAAAAUUACACUGCUUACUGAUCUUCACAGUGGGGAGCUAUUAUGGGAAAUACUUCAACUUAACCGUGCAACACGUAGAUCACUGUAGCUUUGCGAUGAUUGAUGUGACUUUCAGGUCAAAGAAAGCAAGGGCCAAAAAGCCAUACUCUCACAUCUCUGACUGUUUCACUCUGGUUUUCAGUGACAUCCUAGUCUCCAUUUUCUUUUGACUUGGUAGUAUCAAUGAGGGAAAAGGAAUGACUGGAUUAAUUUGACAACAUCUCACAUGCAUUUAUUACUUUUAGCCUGGUCAAAGGUUACUUGACAUUUUACCAAUUCCAACAAACCCACACUGCACUUUCAGCCACUGUUAGCGAUCUUGUUCUGCUGCUUUCAGUCACCAAUCCACAAGAACAAGCACCUCAGAUAUUCAGGAUUACAGUGGUAAAAGUUCACUGAAAGUGAUAUGGCAGAAAGGAGGCUGGGUGUUAUUGACAUAUGUAUCGCUGUCAGUUAGCUCAUGUAUAUAAAUAGCGAUUCUAAGAUAGUGCUGUGUCUUUUAUGUUGAGUAUGUACUGAAAUGAAUAUGUACAUUAAUUAAAAGACAUUUUAAAAAAGGAUCACAAUCAGACAAAACCCAUGAGAGAAAAGAAAAACACACAGUUGUCUGUGAUCUGCAAUAAUUUUAUUUCAGUGUCUUAUGUUUCUUCACAAGGUGUUAUCUCGGUAUCUGUCACACAGGUGGCGUCCUGCCAUAAACCUCUACAGACCGGCUUCAGCAGCAACACUUAGGGCAUAUUUGUGAAAUGUGACAUCAUUAUUGUGUGACACACCCACCAGACUACUGACCAAUCUGCUGUUAGAGCUGAAUAGUGACCGAGUCAGCUGCCACUGGAAAACUAUUAUUGUCUUGCCAAUUAUAGUAAUCGCCUUUGAGCUCCAACAGUGUGUCCCAUCUCUGAUCUGUAUCUAUUUGCUUCUGAUCAUGUUUUUCUAUCUUGUUACAGCCUAGUUAAAAUCCUUCUUUGCACAAAGCUACACAAAAACAUCCUCUGAGGAUAACCUAGUCCCAUAUAGCCGCUGAGACAUACAUUAACAGUUAAACCAAACUUUUGACAAAAUUCUUCACUGUAUACCUAGAGCAAAACAGUAUGUGACAGAACAAACAUAUCCUAUCUUGUAUCUUUAAAAACAAGGACUUGUAAAAUUCAAGGGAAAAACAAAGAAAAAAAUUACAAAAAAAAAAAAAAUCACUCUGCCUUGUCAUGGGUUUGG